AUGGCAAAGAAGGUCGGGCAAAGACGCUCUCAGAUAAUUAGAUCUUGCACUUGGAAUAAGAUGACGGAACUCGGAGCUGAUGCCUUUUGCCUAAGAGACAUCAUGAAAGCAGUGCUAGCCAAAUGA